AUGCCGGCAACACGCGCUCAAGUCCGAGGAGGUCAGCCCGACGACGACGCGAGGUCGCCCACGUGGUGUCUGGCCGAGCUCGAAAAUAGCGGCGCCAUGCAUCCGGACAGCUACAAGCACGUCGCGCCGGCACCGAAAGGCGACAUGGACGAAAGCAACAACCCACGCAAGCGCAAAGACAGCAAGCAGCACUCGUCCCCUUCGCCAACCAAGGCCACCCGCAACAGCAACCGCGCUUCUUCCGCCGAAGCGGAGAAAGGGCAGCAGGACGACGACGAAGACGACGCCACCAAGCCGCCCCAGGACCAGGUGAAGCUCCUGCGCUUCCUCCUCUCGCCCCACGCGCUGCCCUACACGACGCCCGAGGCCGAAGCCUCGCAGCCGUCCUCGGUGCGCACCUACGCCACGGCGCGGCUCACGCCCUUCGAGGAGCUUCUGGCGGCCGUGAUCCUGUCGCGGCCCAUCUCGCACGCCCUCGGCCAGCGCGCCGUCCGCACUGUGCUGAACCCGCCGUACGGCCUGACCACGCCGGGCAAGGUCCGGACAGCGGCCGGCGAGGGCAAGGUGCAGGAAGCGCUCGGGAAGGCGCGGACGCAGCACAAGGAGAAAACGGCCGAGGAGAUUGGCGGGUUGGCGGAGGCGGUGGUGGAGAGGUGGGGGGAUGGGGAGGAUGGAGAUGGCGGGCUGGAGGGCGUAAGGGUGGAGGCUGGGUGGGAUGUUGGUGAGGAGAGGAGGGUGUUGAAGGAGGCGGUGAAGGGGUUGGGGGAGACGGGGCUGGAUAUCUUUUGCAGAAGGGUGCAGUGGCUCUGGCAAGAGGUGUAUCCGUUUGUGGAUGGAAGAACGAAGGGGGCGUUGGAGCAGUUGGGAUUACCGGGUGAGGCGAGCGGUUUGCGGAAGCUCAUGGAGAAUGGGUGGGAUGAGAUUGGGGUGAAGGAUAUCGGGUUGAAGGAUGAAGAGGAGAAGAAGAGGCGGGCGUUCGUGCUUGUGUUGGAGAGAGCGGUCGGGGCCAGCUUGGAGAAGAGAGUGCAGGACGUCGUGACCGAGGCCGCAAAGGAGUAG